GCCUAAUUUUUAUAUUUUUAAUAGAGACAGGGUUUCACCAUGUUGGCCAGGCUGGUGUAUGUUCUUAUUUAACUCUCUCUGUGCACCAUGAACCUCUGUGUUGUUUUCUGCUGUGUUCCUGGGUCCUGGCAAUAGUAAGUACUUCAUAGCUGUUUGUUUUGCCUUAUUUUGAAACAGGGUCUUGUUCUGUUGCCCAAUCUGGAAUCCAGUGGUGUGAUCAUAGCUCAUUGCAGCCUCCACCUCUUGGGUUCAAGUGAUCUUCGCACCUCAGCCUCCUGAGUAGUUGGGACCACAGGAAUGCACCACUAUACCUGGCUAAUUUCUUUUGUAGAAACAGGGUCCCCUGUGUUGCCCAGGCUGGUCUUGAACUCCUGGACUUAAGCAAUCCUCCCUUCUUGGCCUCCCAAAAUGUUGGGAUUACAGGUAUAAGCCACUGCACCCAGCCCAUAGCUGUUUUUGAUUGAGCAAACUGAUCAGUCUUAUAUAUUUAUUCCAGAUAUGUAACUGGUUCAUCAAUGCCCGGCGGCGGCUUCUCCCAGACAUGCUUCGGAAGGACGGGAAAGACCCUAAUCAGUUUACCAUUUCCCGCCGCGGGGGUAAGGCCUCAGAUGUGGCCCUUCCCCGUGGCGGCAGCCCCUCAGUGCUGGCUGUGUCUGUCCCAGCCCCCACCAAUGUGCUCUCCCUGUCUGUGUGCUCCAUGCCGCUCCACUCAGGCCAGGGGGAAAAGCCAGCAGCCCCAUUCCCACGAGGGGAGCUGGAAUCCCCCAAGCCCCUGGUGACCCCUGGUAGCACACUCACCCUGCUGACCAGGGCUGAGGCCGGAAGCCCCACAGGUGGACUCUUCAACACGCCACCACCCACACCCCCAGAGCAGGACAAAGAGGACUUCAGCAGCUUCCAGCUGCUGGUGGAGGUGGCGCUACAGAGGGCUGCUGAGAUGGAGCUUCAGAAGCAGCAGGACCCAUCACUUCCAUUACUGCACACUCCCAUCCCUUUAGUCUCUGAAAAUCCCCAGUAGCCAUCUGCCAAGAGGGGUGCUCAAGGCUCAAGCCAGCUGUCCUGGGUUUCCGUUUUGGUUCCCUUUCAUGCAGAGGGUUUUCUAUGGAUCACUGCCAAACAUUGGGAUCAUCUCCUCUGUGCAGAGGUCUUCAGCAGGAAGAUGCCAGUUGGCACCACUGCACUGUGAUGGGGGACCUCUCCUCUGCUGACUGCCGUUUCUCCAGGCCUCCCCUCAGUGAUGAGACCAAGAGAUCGGAGACAAACACGGUGCUGCUGCUGCUGCUGCUGCUGCUCCAGAGAAUCCCUGGGACACCUUUGUUCCAGCCUGGUUUCCUGGGCUGGGCUCAGGAAAGCUGCCAAGUUCAGUCCUAUGUUGGGUCCAAGCUACCCCUGUGCUGUUUCUGUCAAGCCAGGUGUGGACAUUCCAAGUUCAUAUGCAUGAACAAAAGAAGAGGAACCCAGUGGAUGUACCGGAACCGACUCCAGUUGAAUGUUAGAUUUUUGCUAAACUGUUUUAUUUUUCCCUUUUUUGCUGUGGUUUACAUUCACGGCAGUAGUUAGCCCAGGUGUGGGGAAAAAGAGUGCACUGCAUGAUAAGAGUUCUGGUGAACUGGGAAGGACCCACCACUGUAACUGGGGAUUGUUUUGCAAGAAAGGAGUAUUUUUAUUUGGGGGACCAGCUAAGUCUCUGCAGUAGUGUGAAAUUUCAAAUGGUUGUUUUGGUUUACCAAAAAAAGGCAG